AUGAAUGAAAUCGAAGACAUCAUCGAUGUUAAAGACGAAGUUAAAUUAAAAAUAUCAAGGUCAAUUUCUCCACGAACACCACCACCUUCCGCAUAUAACCCUACUAAACUUACAAAUUCACAAAAUGUUGACAUUAACCAACCUCCAAAUCCAACCGAUUUACCUCCUGAUAACAAUCCUCUUGAUGCAAUUACGAAGGCCAAAAAUACUAUUGCAUUUAUAAGAGCACUUGACAGGGGAUACUUUCGUAAUGUAGAUCCAAGUUAUUAUGUCGUAAUAAUGGGUGGUCGAUUAAUUAGUAUUUGUGAAAAUGAGAUGAAAGCUCGUCAAGAAGCUGUUGCUACCAUUAAUGGGGACGGAAUGGUUUUCCCGAUUUCUGGAAAUUUUAAAUCCAAUCAAAACAAAUAA